AAGUCAACUUCCGGUGUGACUAGUUGGCGCAAAAAUUGAAAAGAUAUUUGUCUCUCUGGAAAAAUCAGGGGGGAAAAAGGCUUGAUGAAUUCUGUAGAAGAUUUAGACAUAAAUCCGAAAAUCAAGACAUCCCUCAAAAAAGUUGGACUGACAUCAUUUGGACAAAUUCUGACCCUGUCAAUACAAGACAUUCAAAGAUUGACCAAAUUAAGCCAGGGAGAGGUUACAGGAAUCAAAACAGCUAUUGCUCUUCAGGUGAUGCCACAACCUUCUCUCACAGCUUUUGAUAUACAGAAACUUACUGACAAGUGUCCAGAUAGACUGAAAAUUGGAAAACUUUCCACAGGCUGUAAGCAGAUCGAUGAAGCAUUAAGAGGUGGAAUAUUAACAAGAGGAAUAACAGAGAUUGCUGGAGAAAGUGCGAGUGGUAAAACACAGUUCUGUCUGCAGCUUUGCUUAAGUGUACAAUUACCCCAUAACUUAGGAGGUUUAUCAGCAGGAGCUGCAUAUAUCUGCACUGAGGAUGUCUUUCCCAGUAAAAGACUCGGGCAAAUGAUUGGUUACUUCAGCCAGCGGACAGACAUUCACAAGAAGAUAGCAUUUGGAGACAACAUCUUCAUUGAACAUGUUGCAGACCUGGAAAGUUUGAAUGCGUGCAUACAUCAGAAGUUGCCACACUUGCUUUCCAGUGGAGGUGUAAAGCUUGUGAUUGUCGAUUCUGUGGCAGCUGUGUUCAGAUGUGAUUACGAGUUAAAGGACAUGUACAAACGUUCAAAGCACAUGGCCUCUCUGGCUGCAAGUCUUCAAAAGCUCAGUUCAAAAUACUGCUUGCCUGUUGUUUGUGUCAAUCAGGUGACAGAUUCUAUGCAAACUUUGCACAGGAGACAAAUACCUGCUCUUGGAUUAGCCUGGUCUAACCAGAUCACAUGCAGACUGAGUCUGGCUCGGACUAGCCAUGAACUGGACUUGCCAAGGAACAUCCUGAAUGGAGUAGUGAUUGGGGGAUUCCCCACCUCAAUUAGGACACUGGAAGUGACAUUUGCUCCCAAUCUUCCCAACCUUGAACUUGUGUAUGUGAUUGACCAGGAAGGCAUUAAAACUGUAUCAUAAUUUGUCAUUACUUUCAUUCAACAUAUGGUAGACAUGUUUUAUCCAAUUAAUACAAAUUUGUGUGGUCUAUGGUAUUAAAAAAUCUGCUGACUAGGUUUCAAUUAAACUUAUUUCUAUAUGCCCGUCAUUAGACGGGACGUAUUAUGUUUUGUCGCUGUCUGGCUGAUCAUCCGUCCGGGGUCAUGUUUUCCAGACUUUUUUCCGUAACGGAUGCAUGUACAACUUCGAACUUUGGUCACAAUAUCUCCCUCAAGAAUUUUAAGACUGAGUUUGCAUUUCAGCUGAAUUGGACCAUCCUUGACCUACUUUAGGACUAUAAGUAGGUCAAAUAGUUUUCUGGUUACAGAUAGAUAUUGCCCUGAAAUUUACACACAAGCUUCCUUUCAGAGGAAUACGUUCAGUUUGCAAUUCAGCUGGAUUGGUCAGUCCAUCCGUGACCUACAAUAGGACUAAAAGUAGGUCAAACAGUUUCCCAGUCUUUUUUCGUUAUUGAUACAGAUAUUGUCCUAAAAUUUAGUCCGAGGCUUUCUCUGGAGGAAUACAAGUUCAGUUUGCAUUUCAGCUUUUUUGGAACUGACAGCCCUACUAAAGAAUAUACUUAUGAUCACCCACUUACUGUGGUGAAAUAGCUUGAAAAAUGAAACAUUACACAAUAAGAGGGUUCUAUUGUUUAUCUAUCUAUACAUGAAUAUAUGUUUUGUGUGGUUUUUAUGCAUUGAUAUAUUUGAUGGCUAACUCUCUGUUCAUCAUGCAGUGCAAUUUUCUUUGUCAUAUGCUUCUGUGAUUUUGGACUUUGUCAAUGUGCAUCCUAAUGCUCCUGCGGGCCCAGAUUUGUUGAAUAAAUAUUCUAUGUACAUUGU